AUGCAAAAGAUUAUUACCAUUGCUGGAGUCUUCCUACUCGGAUCCGCUGUUGCCUCAGGCCUUGCCAUUGAUGAAGGAAAGCUCAUCAAGGGACUCGUUCAUGAACUUAUUGAUGCCGAAAAGGAUGUUAAACUCAUCAAGCAAAGUCUCUAAGCCAUCGCAAAGAAGAGAUCAAGAUCAGCACCAAGAGUUGAAAGAUCAUCAAGCUGGAGCAAAAUCCACCACGCUACUGGUGCUCUUAGUGAUCUUACCAAUGCUGGUGUUGCUAUUUAUGGCGCCACUUAAAUCCCUCAUGUUGAGAGAGGUUUCUCCCUCCACAAACUUGGACAUGCCACAGGUAUUGCUAGCGAUCUUGUUAACAUUGGCACUGGAAUCUAUGGUGCUACCCAAAUGCCAAGAGUUGAAGGAUGGCUCAGUGGUAUUGGUGAGCUAACUGGCAUUGCUGGUGAUCUCACUGGUAUGGGAAUUGGAAUCUACCAAACAGUUCACCCAAAUGUUGAAUCAGGAUUCUAUGAGGAUGAUGAUGAAAUUGAAGUUGAAGCUUCAAGAGGAUCAUCAUCUAGAAGAGGAUCAUCUUCAGGUUCAAGAGGAUCAUCUUCAGGUUCAAGAGGAUCAUCUCUUCUUGAUUAUGCCAACAUUGGUUCUUAAAUCAUUGGAGGUCUUGGACAAGCUGGUGCAGGUAUGUACGCUUAAAUCAUGGCUGGCUAGGCUGCCGCUGCUCAACAAAAAUACUACAACAGUCAACCACAUGUUGAAUAAUACUGGGACGGUCCAGUCUAUGUUAGACCAAGCAGAGUUGUCUACAACGGUGGAAUGAUCUACCCAUAUGACGAAUGA